AUGUCUGUCUCUGAACAUCCCGCAGUUAUCAGCCUUACAGAAGAAUCCCUAGGAUUGCCUCCUGCACUUCCACCUUCUGUACUACUUCAAGAACAACAUGCUCAAAGUGAGAAUAGUCCUGUGGUUGAGUAUUCCACUCCUAUUGAAGGUCCUGCUUCUGUUUCUUAUGAUACAGACUUUCCUUCACUCUCUGCGGCUGCUGCUCCGACAACAAAAUCUCCUGUGUGGGGAAACCGUUCUGGUGCUGAUCUAAUAAUUCGUCAGCAAACUUCAAUCAAAAAGACGGGUAUCAUCACUGAGAUACUCGAGUUGUCUGCUUGCCAACAGUUGCAAAAGAAAGAGUUUGGUAAUAAAACCACAAUUGCUGAUACGGUCAGACGUAUCACAAAUAAGACAAACACUCAGAUCGAUAUGUCUACAGCAAUAAAAAGUGGCACUACUACUUUUUUGAUUAAAGGUAAAGAAGAAGACGUGAUGAGAGCAAAGCGUGAAUUACUUGAUAUUUUGGCUGUUAAAAGCGAAGAAACCAUCCAAAUCCCUGUUUCUGCUCGUCGUUACAUUUUAGGUUCCCGCGGUCAAACUCUACAGGCAAUCACUUCUAAAACUGGAACACGUAUUCAACUUCCACCACGUCAAGAAAACAACUUCGAUGAAAAUGAACUCGACUAUGAUGAGGACGAAGAAAUGAUGAGUGUCAAAAUUGAGGGGGAUAAGAAGGGAAUUAAUUUGGCCAAGGAUGAAAUUGCUACCAUCGUUAAUGAAAGAACAACAAAACGAUCCCAUCGUAUUACUCAUAUAGAACAUCAAUACUACCCAUUGAUUUUUGGCGCACACAACCAACGUAGUCAUCAAAUUAGUGCUGAAACUGGAACAAAAAUUCACGUACCCCCUUAUAUCGCUUCGGCUGAAUUUGGCGAGAAUCAUGACUCUUCUAAAGAUUAUAUUAUUAUUACUGGCGAACGAGAUGCGAUUAAAAAUGCCAUUGAUACUAUUGAAGAAAACUAUACCACAUUGAAAAGCACCACACGAAUUCUUAAUGUCGAUAUCCCAAAGCGCCAACAUAGGUUUCUCAUUGGACAAAAAGGUUCGAAUCUACACGAAAUUCUAGAAGCUACGGGAUGCUCUCUAGAACUACCUUCUCCAUCUGAUAUAUCUGAGAAGAUCAUUAUUCGUGGUCCACAAAACAAACUUGCGUUGGCUUUGCAAAUGGCCUUAGACAAGGCCAAUUCUAUUCACGUGGAAACGUUGGACAUUGCUCUUUCUCACAAAACCGACCAACCUUUGGACCAUGCCAAAAAUAUUUUAAAAUAUCUAUGGAAUAGGAGUAAAAAAAAGAUUGAAUUAGACAAUAAUGUGCAAAUAACGGUUCCCAAAGGACCAGCUUUAGAAAAGAGUGUAGUAUUGGAAUUCGUUGGCAAAGAUCCUGUAAAUGUAGUAAAUGCAAGGAAAGAAGUCAAUGAAAUUGUUAAGAACCUUCCACCAAGUCAUUUUGCUAUUGCAACCAUUGAACCGCAUCUUCAUCGUCAUAUAAUUGGUCGUAAAGGACAAAACCUUCAGCGUGUAAAAGAAACUUAUGGUGUUGAGAUAAUUGUCCCUGACGAGAAGGAUGAGAGUCCUGACAUCCUAAUUGUUUUUGAGGGCAAAGAUAGUAAUGAUGUUCCUGUUGAUAAGAAAAAGAAGGAAUUGUACGUCAAAGACAUUUUAGAAAAGGCCAAAUUAGAAUUGAUCAAAGCUGGUCAAGAUGCAUCUGAUUUUGCUACGCAAACUCUCACCAUUCCAGUAAGGUUUCAUCGUCAUAUAAUUGGGCCAAAAGGCACUACCCUUAACGGUAUCACUGGCGGUAGUGAAGCUCCUGUUUCUGUCAAGUUUGGUUCUUCUCGGACAGGCGCUGCAGAACGGUCCGCCAACGCUGAAGGUAAAAAGCUUGCCCAGACACCAUUAUCUAAUGACAUCGUUGUAAUUAAAGGUCCAACCGAAGAAGUUGAGAGAGUAGUUAAAGAAAUUAAUAAGGUUGUUGAAGAUGCAAAACAUACCGAGUUUAUGAAUUCUUACACCAUUGAUUUUACCUUCCCUGCACAAUACUCUGCCCAUGUAAUCGGUAAAGGUGGCGCUAAUGUGACACGUUUGAAGGAUACUUUAAAUGUAAAAAUUGAUAUCGAAGGAGGUGCUAAGGGUGAAGAAAAGAAGACAACUCCCGGAGAAAAUGUCAAAGUUACUAUUGUAGGAAUGAAGGACAAAGUCGAAGAAGCGAAAAUUAAAAUAUUGGAUCGUAUUGAAAAACUACAGGAUACCACUGUAGUUCAUCUGAAAAUUCCAUCUGAAUAUCACAAAUCAUUGAUUGGUGCAAAGGGUCGUUAUGUAAAACGUCUUGAAGAAAAGUAUGAUGUCCGUAUACGUUUCCCUAAAACUAAAGAUCCUAACGAAGAAGGUGAAGAUGAUUCUACCGAUGCACAAAAACCAGAUGAAGUAAUUGUUAAAGGUGGAAAGAAAGGUGUUAGUGCUGCUCAGGCAGAAUUGAUGGAACUACUAGAUUAUGAAAGAGAUCAUGAUAAUGUAGAAAAUUUCAAAAUUCCAACCCAAUUUCUUCCUCAUAUUGUGGGUAAAAAUGGAAUUAAAAUUACUGAAAUUAAAGAUGAAACAUUUACUCGUAUCGAGCUUGGGCAAGCCGAACCUUCAGAAGGUGAUCCAAAUCAGCAGAUUGUAAAUGUCGCAGUCCAUGGAACUAAAUCUGACAUUAAAAAAGCAAAGGAACUUAUUCUUGCCAUUGUAAAGGAAUUUGAAAGCCAGACAACUAUUACAAUGAACAUUGAUCCCCAACACCAUAAAUAUUUGAUCGGCCCUUCUGGUAGCAGAAUUCGAGAAAUCGUUGCUAAGGCUGGUGGCCCUGAUGAAAAAAGUGGUCAGACUGGUAUCGUGAAGUUUCCUCGCCCAGAUAGCAACAGCGAUGAAGUCACUCUUAAAGGUGAUAAGGAACUUGUUGAAAAAAUAAAAAUUGAGUUAGAAAGAUUAGUCGAAGAACAGAGCAACCUUACGGUCAAUAUUAUUCAAAUUCCACGCGCACAGCACCCAAUCAUUAUUGGGCGUAAUGGUACGCGGCUUCGUGAAAUUCAAAGUCGGUAUAAUGUGGAAAUUCAAUUUCCUGGCUCUAGAUCAUAUAAUGAUAUCUCUAUUUCGAGCCCCGCGAAUGACAAAAUAGAAAAUAGUGAAGAGGCCGUUAAGAUUGUAGGAAAAGCGGAAAAUAUUGAGGCUGCAAAAGCUGAGAUUCUGUCUAGGGUUUACACUCAUACGAUUAACGUUCCACGUAAAUUCCAUGAUUCUCUGAUUGCAAAUACCACUCGUAAGCUUCGAAGUGAGUUCCAUGUUACAUUAGAUUAUGAUGACAUUGAUGCACAAACUGAAGUAAGCCCUCCUAAAAAGAGUAUUAUGAACGGAAUUACUACUAAACGAAUUGAUGACGAUCACGAGAAUUUUGAACAUAAAGUAGAAUUUGAAUGGGAAGUGGUUGAAAAUGGCCAUAAUGCGGUCGGCGAUGUUGUUUGGAAUUUGAAGGGCGAAAAAACACAAGUAGAGCGUGCAGAAGAACAUAUUAAUGAUUUAUUGAGCCGAUUUACCCAUACGGGUUAUAUGACUAUUCCUCAACAAUAUCACCGUCAUGUUAUUGGUCGUGGUGGCAAUACAAUUUCACGUAUUCGAAAUGAAAGUGGGUGUAAUAUUGAAGUUCCGAAGGGUAAAGGUGACGAAGUUGUGAUCGUAACUGGUUCACAAGAUGGUGUGGAAAAGGCUCGAAGUUUAAUGAAAGAAAUUAUUAAUCGAGCUGAAAGAUAA